AUGACAGGCAUGAUGCAAUGGCAAGUCAAUAGGCAGUUCGGGAAGGACCGAGAGGCUGCUAUUGCUAGAAUUCCAAAUGCAGAUACGGUGGUCCAGCAGUUAAAUCUGCCUUCUGGAACUCCACCAGACUGGAACAGACCAAGGGCAAACUGGAGAAAUCAUCCAGAUCUUGAGGAAGAGGAAGUUCUGUCCAGGCCAUACAGAGUAGAACAAAGGAUUGAACACAACCAGCCAGAACAAAGGCAAAAUCCGCAUCUUGUCAAUGCUUUGAAUGACAUAGGGGCACUUCAGAGAAUGAUAAGAGAGAUGAUGGAACCUAAGGCCAGAAGUGGAGAAAGGCCCAUCGACAGAAAGCCAUAUCCAGCCUAUAUUGAUCAUAUACCUCUAUCCCCGGGCUUUAAGGUACCAAACUUCACCUUGUUCAACGGAGAGGACAACCACGCUUCAUUAGUUGAGCAUAUAGGCAGAUUCUCUGUCCAGUGCAUAUCCAUAGAAAAUAACCCUUCGUUAAAACUAAGGCUUUUUGGAAAUUCUCUCUCCGGACAAGCCUUCACCUGGUAUACUACCUUACCAGCCAAUUAUGUGCAAACCUAG